UCACUGCAUGUUUUCAGCAUUUCUGUUUUAGUAGAGGGAUUUCCUGCUCCUGUGUAUUGCUUUGCUGUCAACAUUUAAAAGUGCACAGCUGCUCUCCAGGGCUUGUCUUUGAAAAUAGAAAUGCAAAAUUGAAAAGAUGUUCCUCGAUAAUUUCGCUUGUACUACAGAAAGUAAUUAAUGGAGGAAGACCCUUGUUUCUUAGCAGGGCACCUUCAGAGUUAGACGGAAUCCAGGAAGAAUGAACCUCUCGGAGCAGCUGGUUGUGCAGAGAUGUGCCAAAAAGUUCCUUUUGAUUUUAACUAACUAAAAGUAAGCAGAAUUCAGAUGGACAGCGAAAAGAAUCUGAAGGAUGGAAAGAGAAUAAUUUGCAACAAUGGCUACAGAAUCCGGCACGGAUUCUGAAUUGACGAAUGUUCAGCAGGAUUCCCCACCACAGGAACAGCAACCUGUCAUACAACAAGAGUUGGCAGCCAAUAAAGAACAUAAGCCAGCAGACACCAACACUAACCAGCAGGAUCAGAAUGCUGAAAAAGAUAAAAAAGCAGAAAACAUUCCAAAAGUAGUUGAAGAGCUGGAUGCUGGAGAAACAGAUGAUGACAAAACGUCUGAAAGGACAACACCUGGCAAAACCCCCAAAUCUCCAUUAAAAGGAUCCAAGAAACCAAAGACCAUGCUAUGCAAGGUGGCCCUUCUGGAUGGCACAGAUUUUGAGUGUGAAGUGGAGAAACGGGCCAAGGGACAAGUGCUUUUUGAUCUGGUCUGCGAGCAUCUCAAUCUGCUGGAGAAGGACUACUAUGGGCUGACAUUCUGUGACUCUGAAAGCCAGAAGAACUGGCUGGAUCCUUCAAAAGACAUUAAGAAACAAAUCAGAAGUGGCCCUUGGCAUUUUGCAUUCACGGUAAAGUUCUAUCCCCCAGAUCCGACCCAGCUUUCUGAAGAUAUCACAAGGUAUUACCUAUGUCUGCAGCUGAGAGACGAUAUUAUCUCUGGACGUCUGCCUUGCUCUUUUGUGACACAUGCUCUAUUAGGGUCAUACACUGUACAGGCCGAACUGGGAGACUAUGAUCCUGAGGAGAAUGGACCUGAUUACGUCAGUGAGAUUCGCUUUGCUCCAAACCAGACAAAAGAGCUUGAGGAAAGGGUGGUAGAAUUACACAAGUCCUACAGGGGCAUGACACCAGGAGAAGCAGAAAUGAACUUUUUGGAAAAUGCUAAGAAGCUGUCUAUGUAUGGAGUGGAUUUGCAUCAUGCAAAGGACUCUGAAGGAAUUGAUAUCAUGCUUGGAGUUUGUGCAAAUGGUCUUCUGAUCUACAGAGACCGAUUAAGAAUAAAUCGCUUUGCUUGGCCCAAGAUUCUGAAGAUUUCAUACAAGAGGAGUAAUUUCUACAUUAAAAUCAGACCUGGAGAAUAUGAACAGUUUGAAAGCACCAUUGGUUUCAAGCUUCCAAAUCAUCGAGCUGCCAAGAGACUCUGGAAAGUCUGCAUUGAACACCACACAUUCUUCAGACUUGUGUCCCCUGAGCCACCACCUAAGGGAUUCCUUGUGAUGGGCUCAAAGUUCCGUUAUAGUGGGCGUACACAGGCUCAAACAAGGCAAGCCAGUGCUUUAAUUGAUCGGCCUGCACCCUAUUUUGAACGCUCCUCAAGCAAAAGAUAUACAAUGUCAAGGAGUCUAGAUGGAGAGUUUUUCCGUCCAGCUUCAGUUGGGGAAAAUCACGAUGCACUUUUGAAAGAGUCAACAAAAGACGCAAGCGAAACUUCAAGGACAGAGACUCCAGACACAACACAGUCAGACAGCAAGAAAUCCUCCCAGAAGUCAGAAAAAAAUGAGGAAGUGACUACACCAACAAAAAUUAAAGAAAUGAAGAUGGAACAUGAAGAUGAGCCGAAACUUAGGCAAGAGUUCCUGGACAAAUCAGAAGAUGUACUCUUGAAGCAUCAAGCCAAUAUCAAUGAACUAAAACGAACUUUGCAGGAAUCCACUAGUAUUAAGCUAAGUCAUGGUGACCGGGAAAAAAAAUUAACUACUUCCCCAUCUUCAUCAAAACCCAAAGACAAAGAGCAGGAGGAGUCACAGAAGCUCCAGCAGUCUGCGAGAGCUGAAGAGGAGGCGAAGGAAGAGCCUACUUCUCAAGUGGGUGCCAUUGCCUUAUCUCUGGAAGCUUCAGCAAAGAAAAGCCUUGCAUCUUCCCCUGAGGGCUCUGAGGAAUGGGUUAUAAUAGAAAGACGAGCUUCUAGGCUAGAAGAACUAGUUGUAGUUGAAAACAAAAGUGACAGAACAGAAUCCAAAGAAGAAGAAGCAGUUGAGGCUAUAUCACUUGUUUGUGACAAAAGGCAAAUUGUAUUAGAACUAUCUUCUCCUGAAAUGGAGCUUAUAAAAGAAGAAUUUCACAAAGAUGAGUCAUGUGAGGAUGAAUCUCCAGAGCUUGAAGAAAUAUGUGACUCGUCAGCUAUUCGACAAGAAGAUGCUUCAAAAACUGAUUCAGAGAAAAGGACAAUACCUUCUCUGUUGAAUAGCUCAGAGUUAAUGGAGUCAGAUGAACAAAAGGUUCCUGAGACAUAUCCAGCUGAACCUGAAGAAGUCCUAACUGAGAACAUUUUGGAUAAAGAGCAGGUAAUCUCUGAAGAUAAAGCACUUUCUGAAGAAGCUGUUAUCGUCACCAAAUUUCCGUCUGUACAAGAUUCAGUAGAUACUGGAAAGGAGUCUUCAAAAUCCGAUUCCAAAGCACCUGAAGAGAUAGAGCCUAUGUUGGCUUUCACAACCAGUGGAGAACAGUUUAAGCUUAUUUCCUCUGGAAGUGAUGAAGCCAAGUCUAAAGCCCACGAAAAAGAUUCCAAGCCAAUAUUCCCACUGGAUAAUAACAAAUCCAAACCAGGAUCUCCAAUAGCUGACCAAAAGAUAGAUCCGGAUGCUCAGGUAGGCAAGCAAGAAGUACGAAAGAUAGAUUCUCAAACGUAUGACCAAGAGAAGAAAGAGAACAUCAAAACAACUUUCCAAAUGAAUGAUCAAGAGAGUGUGCCAAUUCACUUUGUGAUCAAUAAAGGCAAAUCACAAUCAAAUGAAGAGAAGAUGUCCAAUUUAAAUUUCUUAGAGAAACAGUAUGCAACAAAAGUGACUGGCCAAGAAGAGUCUAAGUCUAUUUUUGAAGCUGAAGUGAAAUAUGAGUCCAAAUUCAUUCUCCAAAUGGUUGAAAAGGAAGUCCAGAUAACACCAAUCGAACAAGCUGAAUACAAAGGGAUUUUGCAGUCGGAUGUUACUGAAAUUUAUAAAGCUGAAGAACAGUCAAAACCUUAUAUUUUUCAAGAGCAUGCCAAUGUGUUGCAGCCAUGCACUGCAAGAUGGGACAAAGAAGAGUCAAGGGACUCCUCAGAAAAGGAGUCUGAAGAAUGCCUCCUAUCAAAUGAUUCAGGGAAUUCAAAGCCAUGUUCCAUAGGAGACCAUGAAGCACCAAGGCAAGAGGAGGAGAGAAGCGAGCCAAAGCCAUGUAGAACGCAGGAUGGAAGCGAGCCAAAGCCGUGUAGAACGCAGGAUGGAAGCGAGCCAAAGCCGUGUAGAACGGAGGAUGGAAGCGAGCCAAAGCAAAGUACAACGCAGGAUGGAAGCGAGCCAAAGCAAAGUACAACGCAGGAUGGAAGCGAGCCAAAGCAGAGUACAACGCAGGAUGGAAGCGAGCCAAAGCAGAGUACAAUGCAGGAUGGGAGCGAGCCAAAGCAGAGUACAACGCAGGAUGGAAGCGAGCCAAAGCAGAGUACAAUGCAGGAUGGGAGCGAGCCAAAGCAGAGUACAACGCAGGAUGGAAGCGAGCCAAAGCAGAGUACAAUGCAGGAUGGAAGCGAGCCAAAGCAGAGUACAACGCAGGAUGGAAGCGAGCCAAAGCAGAGUACAACGCAGGAUGGAAGCGAGCCAAAGCAGAGUACAAUGCAGGAUGGGAGCGAGCCAAAGCAGAGUACAACGCAGGAUGGGAGCGAGCCAAAGCAGAGUACAACGCAGGAUGGGAGUGAGCCAAAGCCGUGUAGAACGCAGGAUGGAAGCAAGCCAAAGCCCAGAACGACGCAUGAUAGUGAAGAGUUGAUAUCCUUUUUGCCAAAGGAUGAUAAAAUACUCAAGCCAGUUCGCCAGAGUGAUGCCAAUGAUUCUGCUAAAUCUGUACCUCAAUCAAUUGAAGGAAAAGAAUCAAAAGAUCAUUUCCUAGUGACAGAGAGAGAUAAAUCUGAAGUACCCAUGCACUUUUCUGCAGAUAUAUCUUCAGACCUGGAUUAUUCAAAAUCUAAGAACUUGCUGGAACUUGACAGCUUAGUAUCCUCUGAAAUGUCAUUAGAUGCAACCCAAGAUCAAUCUAAUCAAUUAUUUUUUGUGAAUGACAAAAUAGACUCCAGGUCGGAAUCUCAAAUAGAAUGUUCUCAGGAAAAAUCAUCUGAACCCAAUUCACCUGAUCUUGAGUUGUCGGACGCAGAUUUAAUCAUUAAAGCAGAAUAUUCACAUGUCAAUGAAUUAUCUAAACUCAAACCAUCAACAGUGGUUAUGCUUUCAUCAAAGUCGAUUGAGCCUGUAUCCAUUAAACACACCCAACAUGAGUACGUAAAGAUCACAAAAGGACCUCCUGAAGCUGUGCCAAAAAUAGAUCCUUUAAAACACAUUUUCAAGCCUGAAAAGGAGAGCUCAAUAGUUAAGUGUGGCAGAGAACUUCCAAAUCCAUCAGAGGAGGGGACAGAAAUUUAUUCUUCCUUCAAACUUAAAGAGAAAUAUGCAGAAGUAUAUGAUAUGGGCUCAGCUACCCUGAAGGAUAAAAUAUCCUAUUUUGAAUUGAAAUUGGGAGAAAAUACUUGCUCAAAAAAGCCCAUUAAAGCGUUUGAGCAUGCGGCACAGGUUUCUGAAGUUGGAUCUCCGGAUUCAGGCUGUGAAGUGGAAUUGACAGAAGCAAUGACUAAACCUCCUGCUCUUGAAUGUGCCUUGGAAGACAGGGAAGUAAAACCCUCACAGGAAGCUUCAAAAUCUCCAGGGAAAUCACCAGUAAAAGGAGAGACGUUCGAAAAUACUGUUACUUCACAGGAGCCGUUAUCUCCACAUAAACUAUACGAAGAAGAAUCUGGCAAAUCCCAGAACACUGAAGCAAAGCAGGAACCGCAAAGAAGGUCCAUGGUAACCAAACAAGAAUCUGAAGAAGUCAUGGAGCAGAUGCAAGAACUUGUGACCCAGCCGUUGGUGACAAAGGAGAUAGGUGUGGAAGCAGGCCACAAACAUUCAAACGUCCCGCUAAAUUCGUCAGGAAAUAUUGAAGCUGAGAAAGAAUUUGCAGUACCAGAUAAAGUUGAGGAAGUAGAUGGAAUGUUAGAAGUGAAAAAGUUACCAACUCAAACAAAGAUGUCUAAACAAGAAAGAACAGAUAGUGCCACCUCUGAAGUUAAUGUCAACACCCUGCCUGAGAAAAGUACUGAAAGAGAGCCUGCUCAAGAGGAUGGAGAGGACCAGCAGAAGAGCAUUGACCAUGAACCUGAAAACUCUGAAGAAAAACCUCAACAGGAGGAUAUAAUGAAAACAAAAACUGGACUGCCAAGUGAUGUACCCACUGGAAAAAGGGAAACUUCCUCCAAAGAAACAUCUUCACCUAUUGAGACAAAGUCAAUCACCAAAACCCAGGUUACCAAUAUCCCAGAUCUGGCAAAUGAAACUGUAACAAGUUCACAAAGUGUCAUCUCGGAAACUGUGUCCACAUCAUUUGUGGACAGUGGCAGUGGAGCUACAAAUGUAACAAGCUCUCAGUCUGUGACUUCUGAAACCAUAUCCACAUCAACCACUACUCAUAUCACCAAGUCAGUGAAAGGAGGAUUUUCAGAAACCAGGAUUGAGAAAAGAAUCAUCAUCACAGGUGAUGCUGACGUUGACCAAGACCAGGCUCUGGCUCUUGCAAUUAAGGAAGUGAAACAGCAACACCCCGACAUGCUCGUAACAAAAGCUGUGGUUUAUAAAGAAUCGGAGCCCGAAACAGAGCAAAAUGCAAAGGAAUCAAAGGAGUAAUAAUGUACAAGUGAAAGUCCUCAAAACACCGUGAAUAACAGAAUGGAAUCAUACGGAUGCUUUUAUUGGCACAGACUUUCUCUGCCUUGUUAGUUUACAGAAGAACCGGGAAAGAAUAUCAAUAUCAAUGUAAAAAUAUACUCCUGCUGUGCAAAAAACAAAUUUCAGUUCCAACUACACCAAGAAAAUAAAACAUUUUCCAGUAGAGAAAACGCAUGUUUUGAGGGGAGAAAGAAAAUCAAAGGAAAACUAGAACCUCUAACCAUCAUUCCAAAGUAUAUGAGCUUUUCCAGCAAUCAGAAUCCCACUUGGGAAUACCAUUCAUGGAGAUGGAAGAGAAAUCUUGCAACUAAUGUUUAAUAAUACAUGCUUUGCAAUGGAUGUCAACUUAAUUUCCUCCUUUUUUUUGAUCUGCUAAAGACGGUCAGCAAUUAUACAAAUUAUUCGAUGUAAAUGAAUGGCACAUAUUGGUUCCCGAUUUGAAUUUGCAUUAAUUUAUACUGAAAAAUGCUUACUGGUUAUGUAAAGAUUGGAUGUAUUUCUUCUCUGAACUUUGUAAUAUUCAAAUGGUAACCUGGUAUUGGUUUUUAACUAAUACUUGGUUUGGCAGAAGUUUGUGUUUUUGUAAAUUAAAAAAGACGUAAUUAUUUGAAAGUGAAUAAUUUUAGGCAAAUGAGGUUUCACAGAUGUCUUAAUCAAAAGUUGGUGGAUAGAGGUUUGUUAGCACACACCUAGCUGUUACAAGUGAUAUCUAUAGGAAGAUACUCAAACUAGUGGUUCAGUAAAAAUACUUAGCAAUGGUUCACAAAGGACAGAAUUUUUCAUUCUGAUCAACUUCCUCACUAUUCCGAGGCACCACAGGCAUGUGGUAUCUAUUCUCAUAGCUUGUUCUAAAUCCUUCAAGAACUGUUAGAAGAAUUUACCUUUGUUAAUAGUAAAGCCAGCAAAGGAAUAUUAUACAUUGCUGAUUAUACACAUGAGCUGCUUUACCUAUCUAGCAUGACAAAGGAGAUCAGAACUCAAGAUUAGUACUGAAGCACUUGUGAGUUCUGCCUAUUUAAUUACGUGCUGUCACAUAAGAUAUUAAAUGCCAUGUGCAUGCUUAGAUGAUGCAACGGACAGCUGAGAGAAGCAGAAGAUUUGCACAGUUGGCAUUUAAUCAGAUGUAGUUUGUUUGUUUACCAUUGCUAAAUAUAUUUUUGAUAGGAUUGUUUUAGUGACUUACCCAAUAUUUUAAACUGAACAUGAGUGAUGAAGUAUUUGAGAAUAUUUGCAAUUGUAUCAACAGCAGACAUGAGUCUAUGUGUGCAUGAGUGCAUUAAAACACCAUAAUACAGAUAUGAAAUGCUCCAUAAUUGCUUUUCUCCCCCUACAGCUCAAUGGUAUGUGUUCAUUGUAUCCUUUUACCUUCAUAGUGAAAUAAAUGUGCCAGAUGCAUCUCCUGUGCCCAUUCCUUUGUUAUAUAUUUGAUAGGCUAUAGAACACAGAGAUUUGUCGUAGUGGACACCAAAGCUGUGAAUCAACUGUAGGAGGAUUGUUGCACUAUGGGAAUUAGUGGGUUAGAAUACCUGUGCCAGUCUUAAAAUCCAGAGCAUUGAAACACAACUGUGAGAUGCUUAUAUACAGUGCUAAGGGAUGACUUUUCAGAGUUUUCAUGGCCAGUACUGAAAUUUGCCUGAUUGGCCCCACACAUAUUGAGCAUUGGUGCUGUUCAAGGUUUUCAUUUAGUAUCACCGCAAUUUUUGGUAUGGUGAAGUUUCCCACUGGCAGAACUUCAGAAUAUGCUCCUUUGUCUGAAAUUCCUCUCUCUGCAAAUCUAUGUUAGCACAUUUUAAAUGAAUUACUGUCACUUUUAAAGUAAUGGAAAGAGGGAUUUCAAGCACAUUUUGAAUUUAUUCACUAGGAUCCUUCUGUGUAAUUUCAUUUUUUUUUCAUCUCUACAGUCUGAUUUGGGGUGAUUCGAAAUUAAUUUCUAAAAACUGAGGAGUCCCUUUGAAGAAAAGAUGCAGAUCAAUUUUGUAGGCUGUCAACUAUAUUGAAGGGUUAACAAAAACAAAAAUAUGGUGUACAAUUUUAGUGACUCAAUGUCUUGCCAAUUUACAAAGGUAGCUAUGAUCAACAAAAAUCAAGUUUUCAGCAACAAUGGUACAAAUUCAAUUUCAUAUCUCUGAGUACCUUGUGCAUACCUGAACAUAAUCGAUGUAUGAUAUUAGGAAAGCUUUAGCACUAUGUAAAGUCUUAAUGUGUUUUGAUGUAGACACUGUCCAAUGGCUUAGCAGUCAUGUAGGUUGGGCCGAAGGGGUGCCAAAGCAACUUGACCUCAAUAGUACAAUGUCCAGAAAACUACCUAAUGUAAAGUGGUAGCUGGCUGACAAGAGAAACUGAAAUACUGGGCAGCUGUAGACCCUUAGAUGGGAACUGAAGGACUACUCUCUAGCACAAUUAAGUGAAUGGGUAGGGUUUCACUACAAGGCAUAGAGGCUUGGGGUGAGACCUGAGGUGGGAAAGAGUCCUGGAGUAGGGGAGGUCUAAAUACACCUCCGUGGACAUGGAGGAUCAAUUCCAUAGUGUGUUCUUUGAGUUAUUGCAGGCCUCAGCUCCUCUCCUGUCCUCUCGAGGUUGGCCCACCAGCAAGUCCCUAACAGUUUCCCUGUGCAAGCCUGUGUUUAAAACAGCAGUUGAGACAUGACUAUUAGAUUAAAGCCCAGUGUGCGUAUUUGCCCUGGCAGGUGCCCUUCAUAUCCGUUCAGAAGAGGAAGUUAAAAUGGGAAACUGAAAAGAGAACACACCUUGAGCAGUUAAGUCUCAGAUUAUUUUAAAUACACAGAUUCCAAUGAGUAGGCAAUGUUAAAAAUGCACCAAUUCUCAACUUUCUAGAAAGUGCAUGAAGUAAUUUUAAAAUCCAUUUUAGGUUUGGGAUGCCAAGAGUGAAACCGUAGAGCAGCUGUUAAUUUUUGUUUUUCUAUUUAUGGAGCACUGACUUAAACAUUUUGAGAUAAGUGAAGAAUGUAAGAAAACAACUUUCGCACAAGGUAUGAGAAAUGAAGAAAACAUUAAAUAAUUAUGGAAGUGAAACCAUAGAAAAAAACUAUAUUCCAUGAGCAAUGCAAACCUAUCAUGGAUCAUAGUUCAUUAAAAUUUAGGUUUUGGACAAGAUCAUUGGAAAAUGAACCAAAGCUUUUCUUGUUUCCUUUGCUGUUUCAUGCUUUUUCUGAGUCUCUGGAUUAUUGAAUAUUUACUUCAUAUUUUUCCAUGAUUUUUUUCCAUUUUUGUAGUGUUUUAAAUCCUUUCUUUCCAUUAACCGUUUGUAAGUUUUGAUAUUCUCAAUUUUUUUUUCUAUCUGUAUUCCAAACCAUUAGCUUUGUUUGUUGAUGAAUUAUUUUAUCAGUAUUGUAUUUUGGAAAAGUGGGAUUUACUUUUGUAAAUGCUGUAUCUAAACCAAAAGGCAGAUGGAAGUGUCAAUGACUUUUAUGUUACCAUUAUCUUAAUAAAAUUCAGUAACUGUUGGAUAA